AUGCCUUCUUUUUCCUGGUUACGCACUCUUUUCCUCUCACGUCAGAGAUAUCAGUUAUGGCGUCUCGUUCAAUCAUUUAACAAACGCACUGUAUUUUAUCAGGUCAUACAUCAUCGCAAACCUCUGUUGACAUUGACAGCAACGUUACCAUUAUGGUUAAAGGUGAAAGCCGCAACCCAAACUGAAGAUGCCAACGAAUCGAAUCGACCAACAAAUCUGAGUGCUAUCGUUCAACAAUUGGAUGUCAUGUUCGAUAAAGAAGAAUACCAGAAAGCAUAUGAAUAUAUUGAACAAAAUAAGAAUAACGAAUUAUUCCACAGUCAUUAUAUACGCUGGCGAAUUGCUCGGAUCUUCUAUAAACUUUCCUUAGUAACAAAAGAUAAGCAAUUGAAAAAGAAAUUAGUUGAAGAAGGUUACGAACAAGCUAAACUAGCACUUAAUGCAGGAAAUCAUAUCUAUUCUGUUCAUAAAUGGUACGGCAUCUUACUCAAUGAACGCUGUCAAUACAUCAGCACCGAUGAACAAAUUCGUAGUGCUUAUGAAGUUCUUGACCAUUUUGAAGAGGCAGUACGAUUAAAUCCUCAGGAUCCUACCUGUUAUUAUCUGUUAGGUUCAUGGUAUUGGGAAGUGUCACAAUUGUCCGGUUGGAAACGGCGCAUAGCAAAAAUGAUCUACGGUGAAUUACCUAAAGGAACUGUUCAUGACGCAUUGUCAAAAUUUCUUCUGGCUGAGCAGAUAUCUCCUGGAUUUUAUAGUAAAAAUUUGUUAAUGUUGAUCAAGUGUUAUACUGAAUUGAACGCAAAGCCAGCAGCCGCAGAAUUUGCAAAGAUUUUAUUAAAUCGUGAACGGAAAACUCAAGAAGAUGAAGAGGUUCAUCAAGAACUACUUAAACUCAUUCCAAAAAUUGAACGACUCUUACCAUUCGCGCCACAAGCAAGCUUUAGUAAACAUGUUUGA